CUCUCUUUCUCGCUCUUUCGUGAUACAGUUAAAAAAGAUGAUGGCACACCUUGUUAUCUCACACAAAAUUACAGUUAUCGUGAUUUCCAGGGAAAAUUUAUCUGUCUCACACAGAAUGUCUCAGUUGAUAUUGAUGAUUUUAAAGUUCAUGCAGCUGAAAGAUCUCUACUUGCCAAAUUGGAGGAAAAGCCUGAAACAUUUGAGCAACUUGAAAAUGAGGAUGAUUUUGAAGCUGAUGUAGUGAAGCCUGUAACUUUGGAUGUGCCGCCUUCAGCAGAAAUUGAAUUUGAAUCAAUAGAGUUUGAUUUUGUUUUAGACCCAGAAAUUUUUGAAGUUUCAUGUAACGCCGUUGUCAGAUUCGAUUCAGUGAGUGAUCCUAAACUACCAGAGGCCAUUUCCACUCUUAAGUCGAGUUGUAAGGUUGGCUUCACUUGUUUACCCUGGAGUAAUGAAAGAGAUACUACUAUUGAUUUCGCUAUUUUUGGCUGUGAUAAAGGAACCUUUGUAUUUCCCAUUAUUCCUGGUAUGAUGAACAAAGUAAAAGAAGUCUUGGAAUCAGAGGAUACUUGUAAAGUGAUGUACAACUGUAGUGUGACUGCUGCCCGGCUUUAUAAACUAUAUAAGGUUGAUUUGAACAAUGUAGAUGAUACAUUGGUUUGGGAUUGCGAGUUGGGCAUGCGAAACCCCGGCAAAUACGGAAGGAGAAAAGAAGAAAUCAAACCUUACGACAAGUGUAUUGCAGAGUACCUACAAAUUGAUUUACCUUGGUCUGACAAAGAAAACUUUUAUGAAGUUUGUGGUAAAGGUAAACUGUUAUCAAAACCCCUUGAUGAAACUGGAUCCAGUUAUGCUCGUUCAUUGGUGAUGCUUUUCAAUGAGCUUCGCACUGAAAUGUUGAAGCACUUAUUCUUCCCAACGCUAAUGAAGCAGUAUCAUUACUUAAAUAAUGUAAAAUACAUUUCACCACAAGAAUACACUGCUCUCAGGUCGAUGAAAUGUUUCUCUCCAUACUACUUAACUCAAGGUGAGAUGGUUGACGUUGAAGGAAUGAAUUUUGACAGCAUCCCAGUUAUCUCAGAUAUUCUGAGUGAGAAGUUCAAAUUUUACAACAAAGUUUUUUCUAGAAAAACUAAAUCAGUCGGUCUUCAGUGUCAACUAGAGACUCUAACUGAAAAAUUGCCAAAAGCCUAUUCUGGUGCUUCAUCUAGGAAACAAUGGGAACAGAACGGAGCUAAAAACGACUCAGCUAUCUCAAGCGAUGAGGCAUCUCAACCAAACUCUCCAACUUCCACCUCAUCUUCAUUAUCUCAAAGUCCUGAGACAUCUCCACUUAAAAACGUUGCCCAAUAUCCCCAUGGUAAUAUUAAGGAUAAUAAUUCUUGUGCAAUUAAAAUUAGUCAUCGUUUAAUCCGUAAAAAGGACUUGCCUCUUAAUCGACCAAUCAGGCAUGAUGACUUGACGUAUGAGGAAAAAAUAAAUAGACUUCCUCGGAUCAAUACGAACCGCCCAAAACACACCGAUAGUGGGAAAUUUAUUGAUUGGUCUGUGGUAACUGAUAUGGCUGAAGAUCGACCUGGAACAUCAAAACUAUAUCCAGCUGGCUUCAAUCUUCCUAAUAAUUGAAAUUUAGAUAAAUUUAAAAAGAAUCAAUUUUAUACUCCUGUUUUGUCAGUUUUUGUGCUACCAUAUAUUGAUAUUGAAUUGAUAACAAAAUUUGUUUAUAAAUAGCUCACUAGAAAAUAAAUUUUCAUAUUUAUAUUUAUAUUAAUAAA